AUGGGUGGAGGUAAGGUAAGCGGCUCCUGCUCAGAGCUGCUCUGUCUCUCUCUCUCUCUCCGUGUGCUCGCAGUGGAAUUGCUUAACCCUGAGCUGGCUGCUCUCCCCCCAUGCACGCCUCCCGAUGAUGCUGGUCGUCUCGGUCUGUGGCUCGCUGAUGGGCCGACCGAGAUUCUCAUGCACCACUCGGUGUCACCAACAUCGCUCUCCAAGCGUCUCGGAGCGACGGCGCAUUCAGCAGCUGCUAUGUAUGCUACCGCUGUCAUGAGUGCAGCUCGUUGUGGUCACCUGGCAUAUGAGCUGCCCCUGUCUGCCGCGAUUGCUGGUCCGUCAGUCGGUCGGCGAGGCAGUUUCUGUGCCGAAUGGGACGGCGUCUCAGCGCAACGGUUGACGGCAUGUACUCGACCAGCAGCUGUUCUGCGUGCUAUUCGUGGACGACUCGACUCACGCCUCUUCAUGUACAUCUACCUUACUACUGCAGUGCUGGCUGCGAGCUUACCGGACGAACGACAAUACCUAUCAAUCCAACAGCACGCUAGGAUCUUGUUUCAGUCUUUGUGUCAAGCUUACUACUGUCCUCGGAGCUUGUCUUCGAUUGGAAAUGUUGGCGAACAUACGGGCGAGAACAUGCAACGGUGUCAUCAGUUUUAUGUCUUCCAUCUCGCAUCACAUUCAUCACUUAUCAGCAAGACUGCAGUCUCCAAAUUCAAGAAGGAGAGAGGUUUGAACCAAGUUGUUCACAAGCUUUCCCAAUACUGA